AUGGCGGGCCGAAGCCUAACUAAGAAGGUUGGAAUCACCGGUAAAUACGGUGUCAGAUACGGUUCUUCCCUGAGAAGACAAUGUAAGAAACUCGAAGUUCAACAACACUCCACGUACGACUGCUCGUUCUGCGGAAAGAAGACUGUCAAGAGAGGAGCUGCUGGAAUCUGGACCUGCAAGUCUUGCAAGAAGACUGUUGCUGGAGGAGCCUACACCGUUUCGACUGCUGCUGCCGCCACCAUCAGAUCCACCAUCAGACGUCUGAGAGAGUUGGCUGAGGCAUAA